UUAAUUAUUUAUUUUUAUACAAUAUGUAAUUUGACAAAACAUAAUACUUGACAGAUUAGUUGACAGUGAUGCCGAUAUAUCGCUUAGUGUCUAUAGUAAGCAACUUGCUGUGUUUUGCAACAUUUUUAAAAGCUGCCGAAAGCACCUUUUGUUUCUUAAUGCUUUAUUGAAAUAAGCCCUUUAUUUGUUUAAGUGUUUAUUGUGAAUUCCUCAGGGUACAUGUAUAUUUCUUUUUGUGUGCUCUGAGUAAUAGAAUUAAAAAUAAAAGCACUGAGUCGGUAAAAGUUUUGCACAAACUAAAUUUCAAUUAAAAUGUCCCACCAAACAGGCAUUAAAGCAAAUGAAAAGUUGAGUAAAAUUUUUGGUAAAAGCAAAAAUGGAAAAAUUCGUGUUAUAAAAGUUUCAAUUGAAAAUGAGGAAUUAACUUGUAGUGGUACGACGGAAGUCAAAAAAGACUGGGAGAGAGAUUAUGAUAAGCUUAUAACACCAUUGUUGGAUGAAAAUGUUCCUUGCUAUAUUUUGUAUCGUUUAGAUACGAAAACGUCGAUGGGACAUGCAUGGUUACUAUUAUCAUGGGUGCCAGACGCAGCGAGCAUAAGACAGAAGAUGGUUUAUGCAUCAACAAAAGCGACAUUAAAGACUGAAUUUGGUUCAGCACACAUCACAGAAGAAAUUCACUGUACUUCCGCCGAUGAGGCUACACUUGACGGUUACAAUCGGCAUAAAAAAGCGUUUGCAACCCCCGCUCCUUUAACUUCGCGUGAAGAAGAGCUAGCUGAACUUCGUAAAGCUGAAGUAAAAACUGAUGUAAACACUGAUACGCGCCAUCAAACACUCGGUGGUAUUUCUUGCCCUCUUAGCGACGCGACUAUUGAUGCAAUUAAAGAUCUAGUAAAAGGCUCCUAUGAUUAUUUACAAUUUCGAAUUGAUCUAGACGAAGAAUGUAUACAUGUAUCACAUGCCGCUGUGGUUCCGCUAUUAGAAUUACCAAAACACAUACCUGAAGAUCAUGCGCGUUAUCAUUUGUACAUGUUUAAGCACACACACGAGGGUGACUAUCAGGAGGCAUUUGUGUUCAUAUAUUCUAUGCCUGGCUAUUCAUGUUCAGUACGCGAGCGAAUGAUGUAUUCUAGUUGUAAAGCUCCAUUUUUGGAUCAUUUAAAUUCUUUAGGUGUUGAUGUUGUAAAAAGGUUGGAAAUCGAUAGCGGUACGGAGUUAACAGAAGACUUUUUACAAGAUGAAUUACAUCCAAAGAAAAUUCUACAUCGACCAGCAUUUGCCAAACCCAAAGGACCACCAAAUCGUGGUGCAAAACGGUUAACCCGCCCUCAAGAAGAAUCUUAAAGUAGCAGGAUUACUUUCAGAUUAUUUUAUUUGCUUUUAUACUCGCAUUUAAAUGACUAAACUGUAAAGCAUAGCAAACGGGAGUAAUAAUGUCACUCUUCGAAGUCGUUCAUAGUGUUGUCUUAUAUUGGAAUAUAAAUUUGUCCUUGUGAAAGGAAUAAAAAUAAAAUUUUGUGUUACUCAACUAACAAUUUUACAAUAUAAAAAACAAAAAUUACA